CGCGUCCUGGGCACUUCGACAACGACGCUAUCCCGUCAACGCUGCUUCAUCGCAUCUUCGACGAUGAGCGUCAACAAAUACGCGAACUUGCCGGACAUUGACACUGCGCCAGACGUUUACGAGACCGAGGACACCUUUCCAUCCGCGGGAGGCAACAGAGGUGACUCCAGCGACGAUGAGGGCCCUUCACGGCCCUCCUUGAGGAUCAAGACCGGAGCCAACGGCACGGAUGAGUUCGACAACAACAGCUUCGACGUCGAGGAGGCUACGCGCAAGUUCAAGCGCGCAGAAAAGCGGCGAGAACAACACCGACCGCGGACACAGUACACGUUUCCGCCCUCGCCCACCUCGCCCACGCAGCAUACCCACACGCCGCCGAUAUCUCAGCGUCUACGGAUGCUCCAGGCCGAGCUCGCGUCGCUCGAGGCCGAACUCGCCGACCCGUCGAAUCCGCAGCUGCACAAAGAGAGGGAAGAGGACAACGUCGACCCGGGCGAGCUCAUUCGCGAGCUCGUUGACGUCCGCGGCCGAUUGGAGAAGAUACGGACGAAGAAAGAGGGCCGGGGCAAGCUCGUCAGCGUGGUCACGGGCGAGGCGAACGGGCACGAACACCACCUCGUAAACGGGAAAGACGACGUGGAGAAGAAGGAAAUGGAGGGGGAGAAGAAACAGGAUGCGCCGGACGUGAGGAGCAUCGCUGAGAUGGACAGACGCGUCGGAGAGCUCGAAGAGAUCGUCGGGUCGUCGAGCACCGCGCUGGACGAGACCUCUCCGCUCCCGCCCCCUCUGCUACCCCUCCUCACGCGCCUCAACACGCAACUCACGAUCCUCGCCCAACCGCGCCACAUUGACCAGAUCUCGCGCCGGCUCAAGCUCCUCCUCACCGACCUCGACCGCGUCUCACAGUCCCAAUCGCAGUCGCAUCGCGAGCGCGAGCCCGCCCGGCGGCAGUCCGGGCACGCCCCUUCGUCCACCACCCCCGCGUCCGCGCCCGCCUCCUCUGCGCCAUCAGGCCCGGCGCCCCUCGCGGACCAGCUCGCGCCGCUCCUCGCCCGCCUCGGGCCCGCGCUCCCGCACAUCCCGCACAUCCUCACCCGCCUCCGCACGCUCUCCCACCUGCACGCGAGCGCGGCCGAGUUUCAGGGGACGCUGGACGGGCUCGAGGCGGAGCAGCGGCGGACGCGGGAGGCGCUCGAGGACCUGAGUCGCGCGGUGGGCACGGUCGAGAAGAGUCUGGAGGAAAACAAGGACGUCGUCGCGAAGAAUGUGAAAGGCCUCGAGGACCGGGUGGACGCGGUGCUGAGGAGGCUCGAGCAGGUGUCGAAGUGAAGGGCGGGGCCUUCAUGAUGUUAUACCAUGGUGACGUUACACUCGCGCCUCGGAUUCCUUAUGCCAAUACCCUAUGCUAAUGGAUGCAAUGGAUUACCUUACGG